AAAAAAAAAAAAAACAUGGACGGGGAAAUGUAGCCUAGCGCUGUUAGAACUGCGUUUCCCGACUACAGUAAGGCUUUAAUUCAACCGUUUUCAGCGGUCAGGUUUAUAUUUAGGAAUGAAUCUCUUUACUUUGGUCGCCGCGUGAUGCAACCAGAAACAGACGAAGAAGAAAACCUCAAGCAACAUCCGCUGGUUUUCUUCGACCUGGAGACUACAGGCCUGGGUCAACACUGCGAGAUCAUCCAACUGGCUGCAGUAAGCGGCGGCCACUCGCUCAACCUGUACGUCGUCCCCCGCUGUCGCAUUGAGCGAGGAGCGGCCAGAGUCACGGGCUUUAAGGUCCGCGGACAGAGACUCUACCUCGAUCGUCGCCUCGUCUUCACCAACUCCCUCAGAGAGGUCGUGGUCUCCUUCAUCGCUUUCCUUCAAAUGCUUGGUCGACCCCUCGUCGUUGGCCAUAACAUCCGAAAGUUCGACUGCCCCCUGCUGGCUCGGGCUCUCGACGAGCUGGACCUGAGAGCGCAGUUCGAGGGUUCAGUUUCGGGUUGCGUGGACACCCUUCCUCUGGCUCGGGAGCUGCUGAGGGACCGGGGCGUGCAGAGCUUUGGCCAGGAGAACCUUGUCAGGGAGCUGCUGGGGAUAAACUACAAGGCCCAUGAUGCUUUGGAGGACGUGAGAGCGUUAAAGACUCUCUAUGGCUUCCUUCAGCCGACAACAGAAGUUGUCCGCAGGCAUAUGUUCACUUUGGAUACCAUGGACAGCAAACCAACUGUACCGUGGAACAAAAGGACAAAAAGGACGUCGCCCUCUGCAGGGGAAUUUCAGACAAACGGGGAAGGAAAGAAACGACAUAACGGAGAAGCCGACACACGUCAACAUAAAAACAUAUAAAACUUAGACAAAACAUAGGUGAUAUGAAACGCUAACUGAAAGUGGGGCAGUUUUUAUGUAUAGUAUAUUUGUUGAACAGAUUCCCUCACAUCCGGUUGUUUUUCUUUGAAAUCUGACAGCUAAAUAGGUCACACUUUGACGGUCAGUCAACAGCACGUGCACAAUCAGCUUUAAUGAUGUUUUACUGUUUUAUUUGUGACGAGACGUUUUUCUUAAACUUGAAUAAAAUAAACCUGAAGUACAGGAGAGGAUUUCAA